GGAAGGAAGGAAGGUUGGGUUGCUAGCAUAUAUCUGUGCUACCAGUAGACAAUUACCAUAACAACACAUUGUUAAAGAAGAAGAAGAAAGAAGGAAGGAAGGAAUAUUGGGUUGCUAGGCAACUAAAGACAAGCCUGCUCGUCAUCAUCUCUUGGAUCUCUGAGUUUUGCCCCGUUCAGCUGUCGCCUGUGGACAUCCUCUCUGCAGCAUAAUGUCUUGUGCAGCCUACUUAGAUGGCAACGCAACGCCAAAGUCAAUGAGCAGAGCCAAACAAUGGACUGACGAGGUGGAGAACUUAUACAGAUUCCAACAGGCAGGCUACAGGGAUGAACUGGAAUACAAACAAGUAAAGCAAGUUGACUUGAUCGACAGGUGGCCUGAGACUGGGUUUGUGAAGAAACUUCAGCGUCGAGACAACACAUUCUAUUACUACAACAGAAAAAGAGAAUGUGAAGACCGGGAAGUCCAUAAAGUGAAGGUCUAUGCAUAUUAAGUCAGGAGUGUCCAGCAAUCUCUUUUCCAUUUUGAAUAUCUUUUGACAUGUUUUUGAAGAAGACAUCUGUAGGAAGGAAGGCAGCACCAUCCCAGCUGUGGAAUGUAGACCAGUUCACUGAAUAAAGGGUGUGAGGUUGAA